CAAGACGCCGAAUCCUGAAGGAGACUCCGUCUCCGGCCUUGCUCCAGUAGCUUACGGCCGGCGGGGACCCGGCACACUCCAUGCGCAAGAUGCUGGCCGCCCUCUCCCGCCUACUGCAAGGUACGGCCGCCUCAAGACCGGGAGCUGUUAGUGAGGUUGCCCGUGUGGUUGUCACUUCUCGUAAUUAUGCAGAUUUUGCAAAUGAGGCUACAUUUGAAAUUAAGAUCAUAACCCCUUAAGAAUAAUAUGGAAAGGUCAAAAAAAGAAAAUUAGAAGAUGGACCUUAAAGCCAUAGAUAUUACAAGAGAAGGAAUACAUACAAAAGAUUAACCAGGAAUUGAUCUUAUUUCUUGAGGUAAAUAAUAAACAACAUACUUCUUUGCAGAACUUACAGGACACGAUAAAAGCAUAUACAAGAGGGGUAACUAUAGCAUUUACAGCAAAAAGAAAUCAGGAAAAACGGAAACAGCAAGACAUAUUAGUGAAAGAAUUAGAACAGCUAGAAAAAAAUUUCAAAGAAGGCCAGGUGAUGUACAACUAAUUGAAGAAUUAACGUUAGUAAAACAUAGAUUAAACCUAAUAGAACAACCAGAACAUGUUAAAAAUAUUAAAUAUGCAAAACAAUACCAAUUUGAGAAUGCAAACAAACCAGGGAGGUGGUUAUCAUAAAAAUUAAGAAAAGGAAAGUAAAGUAAAAUAAUACACCAACUGCAGGAUAAGGUUGGGGAGUUACAAAAUAAAGAAGAAAAAAUUAAAAGGAUUGCAUUAAAAUACUUUGAGAAUUUAUAUGAUCAGGAGGAAACUGAGAUAGAAAAAAUUAAUGACUAUUUAAAAGAGAAAAAGAUGCCCAUUUUAGAGGAAGAUAAGAGAAUGCUGCUAAAUAAGGAAAUAACACCAACAGAGUUAAAAGAAGCGAUUCACAGACAAAAAAAUAACCAGACUUCGGGACCAGUUGAUUUACCAAGAUAAUUUUACAAAAACAUGGGGGAACUAUUAGAACCUAUUCUUUUAGAACUAUACAAUGAGGUCCUACUGGAAGCAAAAAUGCCUGUUUCGUGAAGACAAGCAUAUAUCACAGUGAUUAUGAAAGAAGAUACAGAUCCAAAUCAAAUCCAAAAUUACAGGCCAAUUUCACUCUUAAAUGCAGAUUACAAGAUCUUUAUGGCUAUUAUAGCAGGAAAGAUGAAAGGAAUACUGAAUGAGAUUAUUCACUCAGAUCAAAAUUGCUUUUUCCCUUCUAGACAAAUUAGAGAUAAUACAAGAAUAGUACUGAAUAUAUUAGAGUAUUAUGAGGUGCAUCCAGAAAAACAAAUUUAUUUAUUUAUUUAUUUAUUUAAUCAUAUUUUUAUACCGCCCUAUCUCCCGAGGGACUCAGGGCGGUUUACAGCCAAGUAAAAUAUACACAUAAAUACAAGUUAAAACCCAAUUUAAAAAACUUAUUAAAUACAGCCGAAUAUUAAAACCCCAAUAAAAUAGUCAAACCCCAUUAAAACCAAAUAUAAAAUUUAAAAUUCUUGUCCAGUCCUGCGCAGAUAAAAAGAUGUGUCUUAAACUCGCGGCGAAAGGUUCGAAGGUCAGGAAGUUGGCGAAGUCCUGGGGGAAGUUCGUUCCAGAGGGUGGGAGCCCCCACAGAAAAGGCCCUUCCCCUGGGCGUCGCCAGCCGACACUGCCUGGCUGACGGCACCCUGAGGAGUCCCUCCCUGUGAGAGCGUACGGGGCGGUGGGAGGCAAUCGGUGGCAGUAGACGGUCCCGUGAGUAUCCCGGCCCAAUGCCAUGGAGCGCUUUAAAGAUAAUUACCAAAACCUUGAAGCGCACCCGAAAGGCCACAGAUAGCCAGUGCAGUCUGCGCAGGAGAGGUGUCACAUGGGAGCCACGAGGGGCUCCCUCUAUCACCUGCGCAGCCGCAUUCUGGACCAACUGGAGCCUCCGGGUGCUCUUCAAGGGGAGCCCCAUGUAGAGAGCAUUGCAGUAAUCCAGACGAGAUGUCACAAGGGCAUGAGUGACCGUGCAUAGGGCAUCCCGGUCUAGAAAGGGGCGCAACUGGCGAACCAGGCGUACCUGGUAAAAAGUUCUCCUGGAGACGGCCGUCAAGUGGUCUUCAAAAGACAGCCGUCCAUCCAGGAGGACGCCCAAGUUGCGCACCCUCUCCAUUGGGACCAAUGACUCGCCCCCAACAGUCAGCCGCGGCUGCAGCUGACUGUACCAGGGUGCUGGCAUCCACAGCCACUCCGUCUUGGAGGGAUUGAGCUUGAGCCUGUUUCUCCCCAUCCAGACCCGUACGGCUUCCAGACACCGGGACAGCACCUCGAUAGCUUCGUUGGGGUGGCCCGGUGUGGAAAAGUACAGCUGAGUAUCAUCAGCGUACAGUUGAUACCUCACACCGAAACCACUGAUGAUCUCACCCAGCGGCUUCAUAUAGAUGUUGAACAGGAGGGGUGAGAGAAUCGACCCCUGCAGCACCCCACAAGUGAGGCGCCUCGGGGUCGACUUCUGCCCUCCCGUCAACCCCGUCUGCGACCGAUCAGAGAGAUAGGAGGAGAACCACCGAUAAACGGUGCCUCCCACUCCCAAUCCCUCCAACCGGUGCAGCAGGAUACCAUGGUCAAUGGUAUCAAAAGCCGUUGAGAGGUCUAAUAGGACCAAGGCAGAGGAAUAACCCCUGUCCCUGGCCCUCCAGAUUGCCCUUGUUUUUCUGGAUGCUCAGAAAGCAUUUGACAAUUUAAAUUGGAAAUAUAUGAUUAGACAAAUUAGAGAAAUGAAAUUCAGCAACAAAUUUGAACAAAUGAUUGAAGCAAUUUAUUCGUCUCAAAAAGCAAGCAUAAUAAUAAACGGAGAAAUUACAAAAACAUUCAAAAUAAAGAAAAGAGUCCACCAGGGCGUUCUGUUUCCCUCUUCCAAUACUCCCAACAAAAAGUCAGUCAAAGGCCUUCUUUUCAAGUUUAUUUACAUUUGGCUGGAUUCCUUCUGGCACAGAGAUGUUCUGGCCACGUCUACCCACGCGCCUGCCAAGUCUCUGGAGAUAACUAGGAAAUUAUAGAUAAGGCAAGAGUCACUCACGAAUAUAUUCUUCCCUCCAUUGAAACAGUUUGCCCGCGCAACUUCACUGCUUUGUCCAAGACAAAAAGCCAGGAAGCUCCGCCUCCUGCUUUAUAGCCCCUGUGGGUGUCACUCCGUGACUCAUCAUUCUUUGCCCUUGUCCCAAUGCCUCCUGUGCUGCGUGUGCCGGUCACGUCUGCGCAGUCUCGCAUCAAGCCAAGAUUGUUCUUGGGGCGUUGCCAAAUCAGAAGAAGACCCGGGGGAAUCAGGCCUUGCCAGCCUCUCCUCCUCCUCCUGGGUCGGUGCCAGGGAGGGAGAGGGCCCAGGGGAAGCAGGCCUUGCCAGCUCCUCCUCCUCACUCUCUGAAUCCUCCUCCUCCAGGAGUCCGAGUCCGGGAACCUGGGUCACAACACAGGGAUUCCCCAUUGUCACCUCUGCUUUUCAUUUUGACCUUACAGUCGCUAUUGACGAAGAGUAGAGCAAAUUCAGAGUUUAGGGGAACUAAAAUUAUAGAAUGGAAGAAUCUAAAUUAAUGGCAUUUGCAGAUGAUCGGGUAUUCUUUUUGGAAGACCCAAACAGGAUCCAUAUUAAUACAAAAAAUAGAAAAAUAUGGGGAGGUAGCAGGUUUUAAAAUUAAUAAGAUGAAAUCAAAAAUGAUAGUUAAAAAUGUAACAACACAACAGGAAAGGGAGUUAGAAGAAAAAUUGGGAUUACAGAAUGUGAGAAAAAUUAAAUACCUAGGAAUUUGGCUGACAGCGAGAUGCUCUUCCAUUAAAGAAGACAAUUAUGUAAAGCUUAUACAACAAAUUAAAAUUGAUUUGGAAAGAUGGGGGUAUUAAAUCUAUCCAUACUGGGUCGGAUUGCAACGAAUAAAAUGAAUAUUCUUCCAAAACUGAUAUAUUUUUUUCAAACCAUUCCCAUAAAAUUAGAUAAGAAUUUUUUCACAGAAUUGAAUCAAAUUACAACAAAAUUUAUAUGGGCAAAGAAAAAAGCAAGAAUAAAACUAUCAAACCUUCAGGACAGUAGAAGCAGAGGUGGCUUAGGGCUUCCAGACUGGCGACUUUAUUAUCAGGCAGCAACCUUAGUUUGGAUUAAAGAAUGGAUCAAUUUGAGAAAUAAAAGAUUACUCAUGUUGGAAGCACAUGAUUUUAAAAAAGGAUGGCAUGCUCAUUCAUAUUUCUUACAACAUAAAAUAAGAGAAGCCCUAAUGCAAACGUGGCAAGAAAUUAAGAAAAAACAUGAAAAUCCCUAAUUGGGUUUUGAUGAUGGAAGCAAUGAUCCAUCCCAAUACUCUGAAUCUAAGUAAAAUGGCAAAAUACAGUGAAAUUCUAGAUAACCAGGGGAAUCUAAAAAAUAGACAAGAAUUGGAAGAACAGGGAAUUAAUAUAGAUUUGUGGCCUUACUUACAAUUAAAAUCAAGAUAUAUAAAAGGUGAAUACAGUACUGAAAUUCUACCAAAACAAUUAGACAAAAUAUUGACUGGUCUGGAUGAAAAAUUAAUAACCAAAAUGUAUAAUUAUUUAUUAGAAUUUGACAGAGCAGAAGAUAUAGUAAAGGAACUAUGAUAGCCUGGGCUAGAAAUAUUGGGCAUAAUAUAGAAUUAGAGGAUUGGGAAACACUUUGGAACAAAAAUUAUAAACUAACCAGAUUGGCAAAAUACAAAGAAAAUCAAUAUAAAAUGUUUUACUAUUAUAGUAAAUAAUAGGUAUUUAGCACCUUCUAGAUGGGCAAAAAUAUAUCCAAAUUUAAACCCCAAUUGUUGGAAAUGUGGACAAAAGCAAGGUACCUUCUUUCAUACAUGGUGGUCAUGCUCCGAAACAAAAAAAUACUGGAUGAAAAUACAUAGUUGGAUACAGGAAGUAACAGGCUUCUCCUGUACGCUGCUAAGAGAGUCCAAAGCAAUGGGUUGUUAACUUCAUCUGAUUGGCCUGAGACUGAGUUGAAUUUGUUUAAACACGCCUCCUCUUCCUGUUUAACUCCAGUUUAUUAACUCAGUCGGCCAUAGAGAGACUACCUCCUUUAGCUCCAUUGCUUUCGACUCUUUUACCAGCACUCAGAACUUCAACAAAAUUAGAAAAAAAUUCUAAAAAAAGUUUUAAAGUGCCCAAUUUUUUUCUCUUCAUUGCUGGGAACCGGAGCAGCAGGGAAAGAGGCUCGCGCUUCGCGCGCAGCCCAGCGCCGCACAGCUGAGCCGCCCAAAGGCUGGCAGCCAUUUUUUCUUCAAUCCAAGCCCCUCAAGCCUCGUGGGAUCGCCGGAUUGAGGAACGGACAUCGCUGGACCUCAUCAAACUGAAGCCAGAGGUUAUCAUUCCGUUUUUUUCCUGUUUUCAAAUUGAGUUCGUCUUCUCCAAUACCGCUUCUUCGUUAAUAAACUGGAGCUAAACAGGAAGAGGAGGCGUGUUUAAACAAAUUCAACUCAGUCUCAGGCCAAUCAGAUGAAGUUAACAACCCAUUGCUUUGGACUCUCACGCAGCGUACAUAGAAGGAACCUUCAGAAAUAUGACCUCCAUCGCUUGGAAGAAGGUCCUCCUACCACAACUGUACUGACUCGAGAACAAGGUCUCCAAUACUAUAAGACUAUGCAGACUAUUCGGCGCAUGGAAUUGAAAGCAGACCAGCUGUAUAAACAAAAGAUUAUUCGGGGUUUCUGUCAUUUAUAUGAUGGCCAGGAAGCUUGCUGUGUUGGACUUGAGGCAGCCAUAAAUCGAACAGAUCAUUUGAUCACUGCCUACCGGGCUCACGGCUUUACCUAUACACGUGGUAUUUCAGUUCGAGAAAUUCUUGCUGAACUCACAGGUCGGAUAGGGGGUUGUGCUAAAGGCAAAGGUGGCUCAAUGCACAUGUAUGCCAAAAACUUCUAUGGUGGUAAUGGUAUUGUUGGUGCCCAGGUUCCUUUGGGAGCUGGUAUUGCUUUGGCAUGUAAAUACUUUGGGAAAGAUGAGAUUUGUGUGACAUUGUAUGGUGAUGGUGCUGCAAAUCAGGGUCAAAUAUUUGAAACUUUUAAUAUGGCAGCCUUGUGGAAGCUGCCAUGCAUUUUUAUCUGUGAGAACAAUAGAUAUGGAAUGGGUACUUCUGUAGAGAGAGCUGCAGCCAGCACAGAUUAUUACAAAAGAGGAGACUUUAUUCCAGGUCUUAGGGUUGAUGGCAUGGAUGUUCUUGCUGUAAGAGAAGCUACAAAAUUUGCUGCUGACCACUGCCGAGUAGGAAAAGGCCCUAUUGUGAUGGAGCUACAAACAUAUCGUUAUCAUGGGCACAGUAUGAGUGAUCCUGGAAUCAGUUACCGAACAAGAGAAGAAAUUCAAGAAGUAAGAAGCAAAAGUGAUCCUAUUACUCUCUUGAAGGACAGAAUGGUGAACAACAACUUAGCUAGUGUGGAGGAGCUCAAGGAGAUUGAUGUGGAAGUAAGAAAACAUAUUGAGGAUGCAGCACAGUUUGCCACCACUGAUCCAGAACCACCUCUGGAAGAAUUAGGCAAUUAUAUCUAUAAUAAAGAGCCACCCUUUGAAGUGCGUGGUCCAAAUCAGUGGACUAGGUACAAAUCUGUUGGCUAAGAAUUCUGAUUAAGUAGCUAGUUAAACUGAUAGAUAGCAUAUUGGAGUUUAACUGUUACAUCUGUUCUAAGUGAUAAAAGCCAGAUAAGAUAAAUCAUAACAUAAAUUUUAGAGAGGGUGGGGAAAUGAGAAAUAUGGAAUUUUGAAAGAAAGUUAUGCAAGAAGUAAAUUAAAGUUUAUUAAACUUCAGUUUGUUCUGUGUUACUGUAUGAUGAAAAUUAACUUGGCUAAAAUGGCAUUAUUUACAUUAAUAAAAAAGUUUCAUCAAGA